CUCCUACUUCUCCUUGGAGCAGCGGGGGGUUUCUUGCAGUGUCACCCUCUGGAUGCUCACGGUGAGCUCAUCCUCUCGCUCGUCUGCUUACAGGAACGACCAGCCGGUGGAUGAUAUAGACCAGAGGUCCUCUACCAGAGAAGGUUGCUGGAAUGGGUAACCUGCUAAAGGUCCUAACAAGGGAUAUAGAAAACUGUCCACACUUUUUCCUGGACUUUGAAAACGCCCAGCCCACAGAGGGGGAGCGCGAGGUGUGGAAGCAGGUGAACUCCGUCCUUCAGGACUCUGACAGCAUCCUGAGCGGUCUGCAGUCCUACAAGGGGGCAGGCCAGGAGAUCAGGGAUGCCAUACAGAAGCCCAACGAUGCGCUGCUGCAGGACCGGGCGUGGAACUCUGUGUGUCCGCUGGUCAAGAAGCUGAAGGUGUUCUACAGCUUCUCCCUGAGGCUAGAGGAGGCCCUCCAGAGCCUGCUGGAGUCCCUCACCUGCCCCCCAGGCUCCCCCACCCAGCACCUGGAGAGAGAGCAGGCCCUGGCCAAGCAGUUCGCCGAGAUCCUCCACUUCACGCUGCGCUUUGACGAGCUCAAGAUGAGGAGUCCGGCCAUCCAGAACGACUUCAGCUACUACAGGAGAACCAUCAGCAGGAACCGCAUCAACAACAAGAACCUGGACAUGGAGAAGGAGGUGAACAACGAGAUGGCCAAUCGGAUGUCUCUGUUCUACGCCGAGGCCACGCCCAUGCUGAAGACCCUCAGCACCGCCACCACCAACUUUGUGUCAGAGAACAAGACCCUUCCUCUGGAGAACACGACGGACUGUCUCAGCACCAUGGCCAGCGUCUGCAAGGUCAUGCUGGAGACCCCGGACUACACCAGCCGGUUCAGUCGGGAUGACACCCUGCUGUUCUGCAUGAGGGUGAUGGUGGGGGUCAUCAUCCUCUACGACCACGUGCACCCCAACGGGGCCUUCAACAAGUCCUCCAAGAUAGACAUGAAAGGCUGUAUAAAGGUGCUGAAGGACCAGCCUGCAGACUCAGUGGAAGGCCUCCUCAACGCUCUGAAGUUCACGACCAAACACCUGAACGACGAGUCUACCCCCAAGAACAUCCGCUCAAUGCUCCAGUAGCCCCCCCCCCGCCGCGGGUGCGUUUGUUUUUUAGUUCGCAACCAUGAAGAGGACCGAUGGCCUCCGAAAAAAGAUGUAUAUGUUUACAUUAUUUAAAAGACAAAAGAUGUUGUUAAUACUCUGUGUGUGUGUAUGUGUGCGUGCGUGUAUUUGCCUUUGCCAUUCCUACGAAGUUACUCAGUCGCUCUGAUCAUCCGUCAUCACGUCAGCACACAUGAGAAGAAAGAAGCACACACACACAAUGCCUUGACCUGUGUUAUUAAAGCAGCAGUACCUUACCUCCAGGUGGUCCUGGACCACCUCGUCAUUGACAGCAAUUGGGCUCCCUCUUGUGAUCGGACACAAAUGGGAGUGUUCUACCGUAUGAGUGGGGGACAUGCCCUCUUGUGAUGUCACAAGUGGGAGUGUCCUACAGUUUGAAUGGGGGACAUGCCCUCUCGUGAUGUCACAAGUGGGCGUCUCCAACAUUCUUACACUAGGACACUCACUUGUGACAACACAAGAGGGUGUGUCCAACGUUAAUAUGGCAGGACACUUCCACGUGUGACACCAAACAUCUGUGUGAACACUUGUGGCGUCACAUGUGUAAAUGGCUCUUAAUUACUGAUCCGUGCGCCACCUGGUGGUGGGACAGGCGAGCACACCCUCUGGACACCUGCCUGCCUUAAAUAUCAUUACUGUCGCUUAGCUAGCACAACCCUUGGAAAUCGUCUGUUAAACAUGUGAAAGCCACGCCUGUCAUCUGAGUGGGCCGUGUGUCGCCUCUUCUCCAGCUUACAAUCCCCUUUCUCUCGCUGGGAGAGUUGAGACACAUGACGCAGAUGUUGUAGUUAUCCUGCUGCCUUGGAAGGAGAGUUCUCGUAUUCAUCCGGCGCGAGGCCACGUGGAGCUUCACUGGAGCGGUCUGCUGGGCCGACGGCACUGUGUCUGCGCCGCACAAUAAACCAAAUGUUUCUUCUCGUCGUAACCUCUGUCCUUCGGGUGAUAUUUAUGUCCUGCGUGUGUGUGUGUGUGUGAAGUGCUUCAUUUAGUAUCCCCUCUCGUCUCCCGGUGUUCCUCCUGUGACGGACUGUAUUAUAAAACAAAAGUCUUUAAAGAAGAAGCGAGAGGUAAAUCCUGCGAGGUGCUGAUGUUUCUGUCCCUCGCUCUGAGCGUCUGGGGGCCCCCGGGGGGUCCCCGGGGGUCCAACACCAGCCAGUCCCCCCGGGGUGAAGGACCGAGGGAGUGAGAGAGAGUGAACUGGGUGAGAUCCACCCAGUGAACCUCUUUCCCUCUGCUCUCUCUCCUCGCGUGUCUGGAGGUCUGUCCGAGGUGUCCUUGUCUCAAGGUUGAUUUAAUUAAUUACUUUUGGUUCCAGAACCCUUUUGAACACAGUUGAAACGAAGGCCUCGUUACGUUAAGUGUUGAGAAGGGAAGUAUUUUAAGAUGACGGUUUGGUUUGGUUCCUGAAUCUGCCCUGGGCUUCUCUCAGUCAUCCGAAAUAAAACAUUUACCCCUUUUUAUUAUUAUAGAUAGUUAACCAAAGACGCAUUUAAUCCAUGAAUCACUGGCUGUGUCACAUUUAAAUUAAAUCUGUUGCUGUCCAGAUUAUGUCCAACUGUGUUAUAUUGUUGAAGGUCACUGGGCUGGGCUCACUGGUUCUACGUUGAUGGGAUCCGUUCGGUUACCAGUUCGUUGGAAUCUGCCGAGAAUUUGGUCCGUAAAUGUACGACUGCAAAACAACAUACUACUAUUUCUUCAAGAACCACUGGAUUUACUUUACAUAAUCGUCUGUGCAGCCUUUAAAUCAACCUUUUGAGGCAUUGUGGUUGCCAUGGCUACAGCAGUAUUCGAUACCUUGACUAAGCGAACCUGUAUUCCUAUCUGCUUUUGUGCUCUUAAAUUCAUCCUAUACCAUAUCACACACGUAUACUCAGCGCUCGUAAAUGAACUGUACUCACAUCGUUACCUACUAAUUCAUUCCAUAUCUUUGAAUAAUUCCCCUGUGUUUUAUCCCUGUAAUCCAUACUGGGAGGACUGGGUGUGAUAGUGGGUUAGUGUCGUGGUCACAUGGGAAUGAAUGAUUAGCGUGCAUUUACAAACCCUGUGAUGUAUGAUACUGACAUUGUUCAUGAACUGACUUGAAGUGGGCUCUUGGUAUUUUGAUUAUAAUUCUUUCUUUUUGUUAAACCUUAUUCCAAAAUGGAUGUACUCAAAGCUUUCCCUUUCUUUUCUUUUUUACCCGAAAUAUGCUACUGUGUUAUUCUGAGAUUUGAACUCUGUUUUUAACUGAAACGAUCAGUUUGUCAGGUAACUGCUAUUAAUUAACAGUUAAUUGUCAGUUCAGAUCCUUGAGUUCUGACUCCAUGUUUAUAAUGAUUUGGCCUUGUAACGAAUGGGAUGUGUGGAUUGAAAAUUAAAGGUGGUACAUUUCUUAAA